UGUGCCGGCUGCUGCCUGGGCUCGUUGUACAGCGGAAUAUUUAUGAGCUCAGGCCUAGAUCUGGUUUCCAAGGGAGAUAGUAAACAGAGUGGGGAUAUGUGUGCCUCCUUCUCUGCUACUUACUGCACCUCCAGCAGCACAAGGAGCAGUCAGGAGUCAGAACUCAGCCAGAGCAGAGUCAGGAUCUGGAUGAGAGGAAAUGAGCAGACAAUAAAGCAGCCCCCUAUUUCCUGAUGUAUUAACCUGGGGGGUAAAUAUACUCUCUUGAAGUGUAAUUGCCCCAGUGGCAACAUAGAGAUGGGCAGCCGGCACGACGCUAUACAGAGGAGCACCUCGGCAGGGUACAGAUUGCCAGACAGAGCGACGGCACAACAACUGGCCUCAACCUCCUCUGUCUCCAUUAGCAAAUCCAUUCCGGGGGCCCAGCCCAUCCCUCAGGCGAGUGCCAAGGAGAAGGAGAAGCGCUGCUGGAAGGAUACUGUGAGGCACGACCAAGUUUGGAGGGAGUUUGUGGAAGCUGAGAGAAGAGGCGGGAAACGCUGGCAUGAGAACUGGGGGUUCCUGAAAGAGUAUGAUUCCAUGGGAAAUAAGAAAGAAGUGGAAGAGUUACCAAAAGAAGUGCCUGUUUUUUCUGACCAAAUACCCAACACCGCAAACCAGGCUAUUGGGAGUCGGAUGAACACUGAGCUGGGGAAGACUCUGGUCCAUAUGGAUUAUUUCCUUACAGGGGGAAACCAAAAGAAGAAGCUUGGAAGUGAACUUCUGCCCAGCUAAGAACUCACAGACACAACAGACUAUGCCCCCCCCCUUUAGAACAUUAAAUGCAGGGCUGGGAGGAUGUAGAUAUACAGGCCAUGAGAGUUUCCUGCUACACUAUGACAAGGGAUGUAAACAAGGGGGCGAUAAAGGGGGAACUCUGCCCAAGUAAUACAAAAUAAAAAUGUUGCCUAAAGA